AACCUCGGAGCAUAAUAAAGUAACCAAGAGAACAGAAACGCCUUCAGAACGCACUGCAGAAGAAGUAAGAGAGAAGACCAAGUUUACGCAGCCAGAAACAACGAUGUUCGCCAUGGAGAGAUCAAUGAAAUUUGCUUUGGUUUUCAUAGCGAUCUCCGUGCUGAUCUCCUGCCACCCUACAGGUGCGUGGUACAAGCAGGCGACCGGCCCAAGCUACUAUUCGGUCGGCAGAGCGUCCGGUUUGCUGUCCGGGAUCCGGAGGUCUCCCUUCGUACGGAGAUCAGACUCUGAAUCUGAGAAUGGUGAGACAACCGUCAACAACCUCCUCUCUGAGCUAGGUACCCAGCCCAGACAAACAUCCAUCCUAAAAAACAUGGCUGUUUGUGUCAAAGACAUCUCUCCCAACCUGCAGAGCUGCCAGCUGGUUCAGGACGGCAUGAACACGUUUCAGUGCAAAGCGGACGUCUAUCUUUCCCUGGACUCACAGGAAUGCGCGAAUGUCUAAUCUCCCCAUUACACGAACACACUACACACAACGCCUCUUCCUCGGGAUACAACGACUACAAACAAAACGUAAUGGACCGAUGACAUUGAAUGUUUAUCAUUUGCACCAUCUGUGAACAUGUCACAUACCUUUACAAAAAAUUUAAAAAUCCAAAGUACAGUGUGAGAGAAAGGUCAUUUCACCUCCCCCUCCCCAUCCCUAACCCCCUUCACCUCUCUAUACGAUGUGUCCACUUGCAAUGUAUUACAAGUCUCAUAAAUUGUUUACUGCUGAGCAGAUUUUCGGAGUUAAAAUAUUUCUUUUUUUUUUUUCAUUAAAAUGAGCAUAUACUGUGAAUUAUAGCUAUGC